AUGGUCGCUGCGAUACAAGCGCAGGCACAGGCACGACCAGUGGCCCCGGUUAAUGUGAUGCCGAACCCCCUGAACGUAGGGGUGCCACCUCAACAAGGAAGGCCCAAUAACGGAAACCAAUAUGGAAACGGAAACAACAACUGGAAUAAUGGCCAAGGAAACGGAAAUGCCAACUGGAACAAUGGUAAUGGCCAGGGAAUUGGCAACCUCAACCAAAACCGGAAUCAAGGGAACUACCAGCAGAACCGUGGCAACUAUCAGCCACAGCAAGGUUCCCGAACUGAAUGGAAAUUCGGUCAAAUUGACGGAUGGGUGACCCAGGGCGUGCAGCUGUGUCAGAACUGUGGAUUUGGCAACCACGACGCACAGAACUGCAUGUUCGCCAACAUGCCACUAAACCGGAAUCCGAACUUGUUCGCCACCCAAGAGUGGGAACGACUCCGCACCCAAGGCGGCUGGCGACAGGCGGUAGCGAACGGCUACGACUUGGUUGCAGCAUGGCGCCAGUUCAAGCAACAGAACGGCGGCAAUCAAGGAGGUGGCCAGGGUGGCACAUAUAACGGCGGAGGCAGAGGAGGCUUCCGAGGAAGAGGUCGCGGCAAUGGACGCGGCGGAUACGGCAACCGGAACUGGCGCGCCAACAAUAACGGUGGUGGCGGCGGCCAGAACAACGGUGGCGGCGGCGCGAACGGCGCUGGCCAGGGGCAGCAAAACGAGCAGGCCCCGCAGCAGGAAAUGAACCAAGGAAACGAGCAAGAUCAGUAG